AAGUGUGUCGUAGGCAUAUUGCGAGGGCGCCAGUGCACGUUCAUCGCAAGCACAUGGUAGUAACAGAGGUCGCUCUGAGAAUCGCGAGCUUUCAAACUCCACAGCAGUCAGUCGCCAGCCGCCCGUGCUGUAUCAACCGGGAGUGGUAUUCUCUUUCGGUCAAAAAGUUUAUUUUUUUCAUCAUUAUUAUAAAGCUUGUCGUAAUACCGGAAACAUCAGAUUUACACUGAUCGAGGAGGAAGGGAAAAUAGGAAACUGUGUGGAUAGCCUCUUCAACAACUCUGACGGCAUCUCAAAAACCUCGGGGAAUGCGAAAUCCGAUGGACAAUGACAGGAUCAGCGUGGGGGUCGAGGUUUCUCCUCGUACUGGCCGCGAUUACGAUCGUUAUCAGCGGCAAUUAUCAGCGACAUCGCGACAGAUUUCAUCUGCGCGAGCAGCUCGUUAACGGUCACAAAGUCACCAGGAAUAUCACUCAAUUGCAAGAAGAGAUAAUCGCCAAUCUGCCCCCGUUACGAAUUCCGCGUUUGAGACAUCACCGUGUGACAGAUUGGGAUCCGUAUUUCGAAAAUGCAGAUGGCCAGGGUAUCAACGGCUCGCAAAAUAUAGCAUUGCAUCUUGGAGCAACAGCCUUUCUCGAUUGUCGCGUUGCUAUGCUCUCCGGGAAAAAGGUCAUGUGGUUACGACGAAACACCGAGUGGGCAUCUCUCCUAACUCUCGGUAAUACUACCCACAUAUCGGAUUCGAGAUACAGUGUGAGCUUCCAGUAUCCAAACAAUUGGAGAUUGGCCAUCUCCGGCGUGCGGAGAGAAGAUCACGGAGUUUACGUUUGCCAAGUGAAUACGCAUCCACCGAGAAUGCUGAUCACGAACGUUACCGUUCUUGCGCCGGAUAUUAGAAUUAUUGACGAAGCCAGACACGAGUUACGGGAUCGGUACUACAAGACCGGAAGCGGAAUCGAGCUAGCGUGCGUCGUCCAGCCGUCUUGCCCCGACUCGAGGGUACCGUAUCCCGUCUGGCGGAAAAAUGGCAAGAUGUUGCCGGAUCACGUCAACGUUUAUCACAUUAAUGGGUCGAACGAGGACGUGGUGACGAGGCUCCAUAUCGAACGAGCGAAAAAGACUGACAGCGGGGAAUAUACGUGCUCAGUGAGCCAAUUCAGCACGACCGCGGUGCACAUUCACGUCCUAAAUGGAGAAAAACAAGCUGCUGUUCAUCAUGAUCAAUGGAAUGCAGCAUAUAGCAAUCAUCAUGUAAUUUUUACUGAGUUUUGUGCUAUGCUUGCGAAUUUUCUUCUUUACAUAUGGAGAAAUUAUUCAUUAUGAAUUUUAUUUCUGCAAUAUAAAUUAAAUUUAUAUUGUGCGGAAUUGCGUCAACUUAUAUUUCGAUGGCUCUUCCGUAAUUUGCAACGUUUGCAAUAUCCUUAACAAUUAUGUGUUCUUGAUUACUAUACGACAGUAUUAUUGUGAAUGCAAAUCAUUAAAUAAA